AUGACAUGUAUCAGUCAAGAUGGGAAAUUCAGUUUGGGAGAACAUACAUUGGCAGUGCCUAUGGAACUAUAUAAACUUAAUCGAGAAAGACUUUGUAAACGUCUAUCAGAAGUUGUGGACAAGGAUGCUUAUGUACUAUUACAAGGUGGAUCACAUAUAUCCCAUUAUUGUACUGAUGUGGAUUAUAUAUUUAGACAGGAGCCCUACUUCCAUUGGACUUUCGGGGUCAGCGAACCUGAUUGUUACGGUCUAAUACAAGUAUCCAGCGGCGAAGCUCAUUUGUUUUUCCCGAGAGUUGAAGAGGCGCACACAGUGUGGUUGGGCAAACCGUUGAGCUUAGAUGAAUACAAAUGUCGGUAUAAGGUCAACUACGCGUCGUACGCAGACACGCUUGGUGAAACACUGAAUGCAUUGAAACCUUCACUGAUAUUGACUUUGUAUGGAAAAAACACUGAUAGUGAUAUGACAUGUAAAGAAGCACAUUUGAAGAAUAGACAGGUAAAAUGA